CGUCAUACCGCGUAGCCGCGUUCUCCUAACGACAUACCCAUAGCUCUUCCUGUCUACUGUGAUAUUGCUCUUGUCCUUUGUUUGUAUUAUAGUGAUAGGAGCACGUAUUGCAAUUGCUGAAGAUCUUCUACAAUAAACGCUUUCAAGGAGCAGGGCACGACCGAAACUUUGACAUCAGCAUAGCAUAGAAGAAAGGUCUAUAAGCACUAACAACAAUGGCGCGGCGCUAUGAUUCGCGCACAACCAUUUUCAGCCCGGAGGGGCGUCUCUACCAAGUGGAGUAUGCUAUGGAGGCUAUCUCUAAUGCUGGCGCUUCGAUCGGGCUGUUAGCAAAGGAUGGCGUUGUUUUGAUCGCGGAGAAGAAGAUCACCUCAAAGCUCCUAGACACGCAUGCUGUGGGUGUUCGCCGCGAGAAAAUGUACCGGAUAGACAACCACAUUGCCUGCUCGGUUGCCGGGAUUACAGCUGAUGCAAACAUCCUGAUCAACAUCUGCCGGCUGGCUGCUCAGCGCUACCUGUACGCGUACCAGGAGCCGAUGCCGGUGGAGCAGCUCGUGCGCUACGUGUGUGACACCAAGCAGGGCUACACCCAGUUCGGAGGGCAGCGGCCGUUCGGAGUGUCCAUCCUGUACGCGGGCUGGGACGAGCACUACGGCUUCCAGCUCUACCAGUCCGACCCCAGUGGCAACUACGGCGGCUGGAAGGCGGUGGCCAUCGGCGCAGGGCACCAGGCGGCCAACAACCAGCUCAAGAGCGACUUCAAGGAGGACAUGCCUCUCUCCGAGGCCAUCCCCUUCCUCAUCCGCGUGCUGUCCAAGUCCAUGGACACCUCGCUGGCGCCCGACAAGGUGGAGCUGGCCACCAUCAGCAGGCACCCGGACAGCGGACAGGUCGUCUACAAGAUCUACGAGGCAGCUGAGCUGCAGCCGCUGCUGGAUGUGGCAAACAAGGAGAAGGAGGCGGCGGCGCAGAGCUAGAGGUGCUGGGGCAGGGGAGGGAGGAGGGAGAUUGUGGGGGGGGGGAUGGCGGGAGGUAGAGAAAAGGCGGGUGUGGAGGGAAGGAGGAGCAGGAGGCGGAACGGCGCAGAGCUAGGAUGGAGAACUCGAGGUCUGCUUUGGGUGUGAGCGCACGUCGUGUGGUGUGGUGUGGGGGGUAAGAGAUAUAUUCAAACCAUAGGUUAGGGCGAAGCCAUGGGGAUAGAGGGAAGCAGUGCUGCUGAAAUCCGGGCAGUUGGGGACUCACUGCGGGACACACGGGGUGUUGUUGUUGUUGUGGCCUGGGAGGGGGCAGGGACGUGGAGCUGCUGGUUGCUGGGGGUUUAGCGAGGGGGUGGAUGUGUGCACAUGCCCACCACUGUGUUCGUUUCGCACCCUGAGAAAAGCAUGUGGGGUAUGCACGUGCUUGGGGGGGGGGGCUUGGCAGCAGACGAGGAGGUGCGUGAUGUUGAUGAUGUGUGGUGACGGAGACCCUUACUUGAAGAGGUUUGUGGCAUGGUCUAUAAGGCCCAUAGGGUUGUGCGUCGCACUUGAGUCGUUCGGACUCCCCUGUAUAAAUCGCAUACCAACAG